CAUCCGUCUUCGUCCAACUGCCAGCUCGGUGUCCCCGCAGCGCCGCUCAGCAUGUGCCCACCGCGCAGUGAGUAACCAGCCCGAGACUCGCGCUCGGCGCUCGGCGCUCGGGUAGGGAGGGGCGGGGAAGAGGAGGCAGAAACUUGGGGCCGGCUGUGCGGAGACUGGAAGAGGGUCGGCAAUCUCGUGCAGAGGAGAAGGAAACGCGGAAAGACUGCGUGCUCACCAUGCGCUCCACAGGACAUUGUCUCUUUUAAUCUUGAAAUUGCGCCGUGAGUUAAGUAUUUUGCCCACUUCACAGAUGAGAAGCUGAGGUCUGCUGGGAUGUUUUCUUGCCCAGGAUCCCUCAGCUCCAGUUCUAAAAGGGUAGCUCCUAGCCGGCUUCAAAAUGAGGCUGUUUCCAAAACACUGGGUGGUGAGUCUGGGCCAUUCGCUUCACCCCUGGCCUCAGUUUCCCACCUCUUGAAAUGGAGACUUUUUUCUGGGUGAACUCUGUCCAACACCCUUGUCCGAACCCACAAGGAAGCUGUCACAGUGAGUUGGCUUCCACUCCUAGAGCAGAGCGCUGCCCUCCAAGAACCUGAUUCAUCUCUCAGAUGUUGAAGGAGGUUGGAAAGGGGUUGAGGGAUUUUGGUGCCCAGAAGUGGAUGAGUGGAAAUGGCCAGAACAGAUGGAAGGUAGAGGCAGGCCAGUUCAGCCUGCCCCUUGAUUCCCUUCCAGGCCUCUUCCUCAUGGCCACCCUGGUCUUCCUAAUUCACCUGGACCACCUCAGUUUGGCCAGGAGCCUCCCCACAACCACAGCGGGCCCAGGAAUGUUCCAGUGCCUCAGCCACUCCCAAAACCUGCUCAGGGCCGUCAGCGACACGCUUCAGAAGGCCAGACAAACCCUAGAAUUUUACUCUUGCACUUCUGAAGAGAUUGACCAUGAAGAUAUCACCAAAGAUAAAACCAGCACAGUGGAGGCCUGCUUACCACUGGAAUUAGCCACGAAUGAGAGUUGCCUGGCUUCCAGAGAGACCUCUUUAAUAACUCAUGGGAGUUGCCUGGCUUCCGGAAAGACCCCUUUUAUGACGACCCUGUGCCUUAGCAGCAUCUAUGAGGACUUGAAGAUGUACCAUAUGGAGUUCCAGGCCAUGAAUGCAAAGCUUCUGAUGGACCCUAAGAGGCAGAUCUUUCUGGAUCAGAACAUGCUGGUAGCCAUUGCUGAGCUGAUGCAGGCCCUGAAUGUCAGCAGUGAGACUGUGCCACAGAAACCCUCCCUGGAAGAGCCGGAUUUUUAUAAGACCAAAAUCAAGCUCUGCAUACUUCUUCAUGCCUUCAGAAUUCGUGCAGUGACCAUCGACAGAAUGAUGAGCUAUCUGAAUUCUUCCUAGAAACUGGAGGUCUCUCCCAGCCUUAGUCAUUUUUAUAAAAAUCGGAACCACAGAAAUGCUAAAGGGUGUGGGUUAAGAUCUGGGGUGGGGGUGGCUGGACCUGGUCCCACUUAGGCUGGUGCAGGAGUUCUCAUGCUUGUCUACAUCGGUCAGCAUCCCAAAUGUGAAGGGUGUGAUCGUUCUACCCGCGUAAUUCCUUUGACCGAAUAUAUUUCAUAUUUCCUAGGGGUAAGUUUUUAUGAGCAAAUUUCUAAGGAGGGGAAAUGUCCUCAAAGGGCAUGUUUUUCUUUUUUUUCCUUUAAUAGAAGAACAAGAAUUUAUAAGCUAUUUCAGUACCCAAGUGUC